AUGUCCAAGAUUUCUCUCUCCUUCAAGCGUAUCCUAAUACAGUCUGCAGUAGUGCCAGCGACAGUGAUGAAGCUGAGCUGCGAAAGGAUGCCGAGUUUCCUGGGCAUGUCGCGAGCUGGAGAUGCUGAUGAAUUGAACCCUGAAGCGCUUGCUGAGAUCACCCGCACGGUACAGCAGGAGAUGGCCGAGCAGCUGAAGAUGAUCACACAAGAGAUGAAUCGCUUGAAAGCAGAGCUGUACUCUGAGAAUGGAGGCCUAGCUGAAAUCCAACGCAGCCUGGAGUCCUUCAAGUCCACCAAGAUGCUCGACAACACGUCCAAGGACGCCGAGGCCCGGCGCGGGCAGAGGGCGCAAGUGGGGCGAGAGCAAGCUCGAGCCGAGUCCAAGCCAGCCCCCGACAAGAGUGACCUGGAGCAAGCCAUGGCGAUGCUGCAGGAACGACUCAAGAGCCCCAAGGCUGUUCGCUGGGGAGGAGCGACUGAGCGGGAGAUACCAGACAACAUGCGGGACGUGCAGGAGCAGAGGAUGGGAGACGUCGGACGUUCAGCAGCUGAGAGUAGCGCCUUCGAUGACAUCCUGCGUGAGGCGUUGAGGUCGCGAAACAAGGACGCGGAGACUGCGAGAAGAGUGAGGGAGGGGCCGAGCUCUGAUGCUCACCAGAGAUUGCGGGAUGAGGAGCGGAGAAGAGAUGCGCGCGCAGGAGGGACGGCAGCAAGCAACAGCAACGACGAUGGUUUCAACUGGAAGGUUGCGCUGGUUAUCGGUAUUCUGCUGCUCUUAGGACCAUUCAGGAACGUCCUGACCGAGUUGUAUGAGAUCUUUUUCCCGGAGGACGAGGAUUUCAACGAAGACUUUCUCAUCCAAGUAGAUUGA